AUGAGCACCUACAACCCUCCCACACUGGAGCAGCUGGCACUGGAGAUGCUGGUGAGGAAUGAUGCCAUAGACUUCUCUGAUCUGGAAUACCUGCCCAUUAUGCUCUUCCCACCACUCUUCCUAGAGGCAUUCAAUAGGAGACGCACAGAGUUAUUGAAGGCAACGGUGGCAGCCUGGCCCUUUUCCUACCUCCCUGUGGGACCAUUACUGAAAUCUGCUGAUGUGGAGAUGAUGCAAGCUGUGCUGGAUGGCAUAGAUCUACUGAUGACCCAGAAUGUUCCUCCCAGGAGGAAGCUACAAGUGUUGGACUUGAGAGAUGUGCAUCAGGAUUUCUGGGAUGCAUGGGCUGGAAGAGAAGAUGGAGCGUGCUCACCAGAUAUUUUGAGAAAGAAGCAAGGCCCAGAGAGUCUUCCUACUUAUGCGUUGACACAACAAUUGCAGGUGGUCACUUACCUGUACCUCAACUCCUCUUUGGAAGAAGACCAAAAGUACUUGCUCCAGUGCCAAGAAGAACGUGACUCUUUGCAGCUAAUCUGUCAGAAGAUGAUAAUUUUUCGCUUCCCCAUAAAGAUUAUCAAGGAGGUCUUGAAUUUCCAGCCAAUCUAUAUUGAUGAAUUGGAAAUAUGCACACCUGAGGUACUGCCAUUCCUAAGUUUAUUUCCACAUUUCCUUGGCCAGAUGAGAAAUAUUACCAAAUUCAAUCUACAUCAAAUUGACUUCCAAUAUAAUCCUCUGGAGAUUACCAGGGAGGUAGUGACAGAUGUAAAAACGUGUUCUGCAGAAUUCUUUUCUCAGCUCACCAAACUCGACCAUCUCCAGAGUCUCUAUUUGAAUUGUUCCUUCAUUCCCAAUAACAACAUGGAAAUUUUGUUCAGAUGUCUGAAGAGCCCCUUGGAGUCCUUGUCUAUGUCUUUCUGCCGACUCUCGAUGUCAGACCUGGAACACAUGUCAAAGUGUCAGAGCCUCUAUCAACUGAAACAACUGCACUUCAGUGCUGUAGUGUUUUCUGAGUCAUGUUUCAAGAGUCUCCGAAUUCUCCUAGAGAAUGUAUCUGAAACUCUGCAGAGUCUGCAGUUUGAGCACUGCAGGAUGAAGGACUCUCAUCUCAAAGUCCUCUUGCCAGCCCUGAGCCAGUGCUCACAGCUCAACAGUAUUAAUUUUUACUAUAACGACUUCUCCACUCCUGUACUGAAGGACCUUCUGCAAUGCAUGGCCAAUCUGAACAACUUGACUGUAGAGGUGUACCCUGCCCCAAAAGAGUGCUAUGAUCCCCUGGGUGAUGUUGUGGUGGAGAGGUUUUUUCAACUGUGUCCUGAGCUGCUACAAAUGCUCAUGUCCAAAAGGCAGCCCCAAAAAUUCAUGUUUGCUACAGCCACCUGCCCUCAUUGUUUGGGAUGCUGUGUCUAUGACAGGGUUCCCAGCCCUUGCCUUUGUUGGCAGGUAAUAGAAGAUUGA